GCGAGCGGGCGGGGUGCAGCCUGUUGUUGGGUCGGACCGAGCCAGACCUACACUCUGAAGAAGCAGCUGUCACAUGCUGCAGUAACCGCGGCGUCGCUGACAGUCAGAGAUGAGGAAUUGAGCCAGAAUUAAAUUAUCUAGUGGUACAAGUGGGUAUUUUAUCGCAGAUUUAUCGAAAGAGCGCCGCAUAGCUAGUCACCGGUUAAAGUUACGGUGCGCGAGGCAAACUGUUGAAACAGGAGCACGCGACCGAGGCGUGUGCUGGAGACGGCAGUUACAACCGACAAAGAAGCGGACUCUACUGCUUAAAAGCAGCAGCUAUUUCGCAGUUUAAAUCGUUUACAGGAUAGGAACGGGGCCAGAUAAGUGAAGUUUACCGGCGCUGACCAGGGUAGAAGACGAAGAUUACGUUAACAUGGUUACCACCAAGGGAACUAGUCUUAACCCCAACGCCAAAGUGUGGCAAGAGAUCCCAGCCCAACAAAAUGACAUCCCAGAAGUAUCUGAAGAUUCUUCUUGGCUCCACACCAACUCUUCCCCCCCUGAGAUGACUGAUGGUUUGUCAGACGUUCUUUCUUUGGAGAGUAAAGGAUACGCUAUUGACUUCCUGAGUAGCCCCGAUGAAUACUCCACAUCUGAGGAUGUGGAGCAUCCAGACCUGGGAUAUUUGGUCUUUGAUGCACAGGGCGACUCUGCCAUAGACACUGAACUGUCUAAGGAAGAAGUAGUGAUUGAAGAGAGUUUACGGGAGUCAUUAAAGAAAAGACUGGAGUUCUGCUUUUCUAGGGAGAACCUCUCUAAGGAUCUGUACCUGAUAUCCCAGAUGGACAGUGAUCAGUUUAUUCCUAUCUGGACUGUUGCCUGUAUGGAGGACAUCAAAGCGCUCACCACUGACAUGGAUCUAAUCCUGGAAGUAUUGAGAGCGUCUCCUUUAGUGCAAGUUGAUGAAACUGGUGAGAAAGUUCGACCUAACCACAGCCGCUGCAUCAUUAUUUUAAGAGAAGUGCCAGAAACUACACCAGUUGAGGAAGUAGAGGAUCUAUUCAAGAGUGAAAACUGUCCAAAGGUGUUGGGUGUUGAGUUUGCUCACAAUAGCAACUGGUAUAUAACAUUUCAGUCAGACAUGGAUGCCCUGCAGGCAUACAGAUACCUACGAGAGGAAGUGAAAAUGUUCCAGGGGAAACCCAUUAUGGCUCGCAUUAAAGCCAUAAAUACAUUCUUUGGAAAAAAUGGCUUUCACAGCAUGGACUCAGGAGUGUAUCAGCAGCAUGCCCAGUCUCAGGCCCAGUAUGUGUCUCCGGUGUACAUGCAGCAGGUGUACAGCCCUCAGCAGGAGUUUCCCAUUUAUCCUGUGGUGUCUCCCACCUGGAACCCUUCCAUUGUGCCACACUUUGAAACGCCACUGGCUCCCUUCCCCAGUGCAGGAUUCAUGAAUGGAUACAGCAAUCCAGGGAACUACAAACCAAACUCCAGCAGCAUCCACCGUCCUGCUGGCAGGAACAGAAACCACAUAAAAGGUCACCCUCGACCAGGCGAUGCUGUUUCUUCUAACUUGGCUCCAGGAACCAUGGUGGAUGGUAUCUCUGGCCCCAUGAGUCCACAGGACAUCCAGGCACUAAGGACUCUGUCCAGCUUUAAAUCACAUCCAGCCUCUUCCUUCCACUUUAAAGACUCUUCUUCACUGUCCUCCAUAUCCAAUGGAGAUCAGAGCCGCUCUGGGCGAGACAGGAGAAAUGGCCACAGAGGCAUGAGGAGGAAAAGAGAAGAUGAACAGUCUAUGAAACCUGUCCCUUUGAUGGAGGUCAAGGCAGCCCCUCCUAACUUUGAUCUGGCAGCUUCAAGUUUUCCUCCUUUGCCAGGAUCUGUGGUUCCUGUUCAGGGGGAAACCGUGACAGAGGUGCGCCUCUCCGAUGUUGUCCGUGGCCUUAGGAUCACAAGCAAGGCAGGAAACCAGGAGAACAGCUUGACUCAAAACUCAAAAGACUCUGAAAGUCCUGCAAGCAAACAGGAAUCUACCUCCCUGCCUGCUAAACCCGCUGUUGUUGUUGAGGCACAAACAGCAACUCCUCCAGCAGCAAGUGCUUGUCCAACAGUAACAAAGGGAGAUAAAACCGAACCAGCUGCUGUACAGAGAAACCUGCCUCCAUCCACUGAACCUGAUUCUAAAACCACUCCAGAACACGAUCCCAGCACGAGCAGCAAAAGUGUUUCUGCUGAACAACCGUCAUCUUCAACAUCAGAGCAAGACCUGGAGCCAAGAAAGCUUAGCUAUGCAGAGGUGUGCCAGAGGCCAGCCAGAGACCCACCAUUAGCAGAGACACCCUCCCCUCCUGCCACUUCACCCGACCACCCUCUAAAGGAGCUCAAGGUCAACACCGUCAAGGACCCUCAGCUGGCCUCUAAGAAGAGUCCCGAGAGAGUUGGAGAUAAACCUCCUCGGCAGCCUUCACGUACAUUCAGAGGUGCAGCUGGUCACUCCAGAGCAAAAGGUUUAGGGAUGAAGAUUCGGGAACAUCAGAGAGGCCUGAAUGCUGGAAAGCAGUUUUCCCCUCAGCGGGGUCCCAAACGCAGCGGCAAAGAACAGAACAUACCCCCGCUUCAGCAGAAUAACUGAACCUGGAACUUUACGGACCUUAUUUAAAAUGUGUAAAUAUGUAAAUACAGAUGAAUAUAUUUCUUUUGACAGAUUUUGUCGAAGAAUCAUGAUGUCUAAAAUUAUUCAGAGACUUUAAGUUGAUAUUCCUUAAAGGAAGAUGUGUAUUUCAACAGAAUUCAAGACUAAGUGCUGUAUUAAACCCCUUAAAGGUUAAUUGUAGAAUUAUUUUUAACUUUGAUAUUUAAUACAGCAGUACUUCACUUAUAUACAGAUGAGCAAUGUAUUGUUAGCAGAAAUCCUUUGUCAUACUUUACUGUGUUUGUUAUCUGAUCUGGCAAGUUGUGCGUCUUAUUGCAGGAAACUUUUUUUGCAGUCUGGCACAUAGAUUUUGAGACAACAGUUCAGAUUUUCUUCUGGUGGAGAAAUUGUCCUAAGGACUAUAAAAGGCAUUAAAUAGAAUGAUAAAACAAAACGGAGCACUGAUUUUGAAAAACCUCAAUAUCAGAAAACUUUAAAGUUUGACUUUGGUUUCAUUUCACCAGUGAUCCUGAAUAUCAUGGAUUACAACUUUUUAACAUAAUAACCAAAGGUUAUGGAAGCCUCCAUAGAUGGAGUGUACAUGAGGAAAUGUGUUGCGUCUUUUAGUUUUGUAUUUUUGCUUUUUAAGCUGUAUUUUAACACAAUAUUAUAGUUGGUAAAUAUUGGAGAAGAAGGCCCAUCUUAUUUUUCUGUUGAUCUUUUAAGUGUUUUGUAAACAUAGACUGUUUGAUCCUGUUAUGGUACUUGCUGAGUCCUGAGCAGAUGCAUAGUGAAGUUGUUACCUUUUAAAACUUGAGGGUAACAAUAAUGUUGACAUUAGGAUUUAAAGUUGUGCUGAUGUUUAAUAUGGAAAAUUACUUCAUUUAAGUUUGGGGGGAUUUUUUUCCUUUUUUUGUGCUGUAAAUAUUAGUUCAAUGUUGCUAACAUUUGGAAAAGGGCCUUUGCUAGAGCUGAUUCAGUGCUUGAAAGCAUCUAUUUUUCACUUGCAUUUUGUAUAAAAACUAGACAAAGUGUCAGAAUAUAAAGACAAAUAUGAAACUUUACCACUUGUUAGAGGCAAAUUAUCCACUUUCAUUUCUGACUAGGUAAUAAUGUUGAAUGUACUUUUGGUUUUAUUAUUUAUAUUCUUUGACAAUACUUUACUAUUUUGACAUUUCAUUUUUAAAUUUAAAUGGUCAGUGGUAAGCAACCCUGGCCAAAAAUGUAGCAAAAAAACAUUUUGUAAAACCUUUACCGUUUUCUCUCCCUGUUUGAUCUCCUAUAAAUUUUACGUUUCAUUUUUUUCCCCCAAAACAUAUUCUUGUGUUUCUCAUUUCAAUCUUAUUUAAGAAAAAUGUUUAACCGUUUUGCUCUAUUUCCUUAGUUCAUGAAUGUUUCUGUUUCUGAAAACAGAGAGCUAUACAAUGUUUAGAAGUUGAUUUUGUACUUGGGGGAUGACCAUGAGUUGUUUGCCAAAACAAAAGCUGUGAUAUGAAUGAUUACUCAGUACUUAUAGAGGAAAAACUUGUUUAUUGUAUCAAAUUCUCUAACUUUGGGUUGAGUUUUACCUUGGGUUGUUGCGUACAUACAUAGUAACAGUAUAAAAAAUGAAUAGUUUGGUAAAUACAUGUUUUUAGAACAGCUUUAUAUAUAUAUAUAUAUAUAAUCAAGGGUUCAUAAUUGAUCUGUUUUUGCACUUUUGUGUUUAUCAAAGGGACCUUAAGGAUAACUAGGUUUUUCAACUUUUUUCCCCCCCUCUUCUACUUAACUUUUAAACUAGCUUUUUCUUUUUUAACCAUUUGGUGUCUUUGAAUUGUCGAUGGUAAUAGUUUGCAUUUGUAUGAUGAGAUGAAAAGGCUGUGAAUGCCAUGGGAUCUGCAACUACUGGUUUGUGUUUUUUUUUUUUCUUUUUGACACCCUUCCUGUUUUCUAGUCUUUUAUGAUAUAGUAGAGAUUUGUGUUCAGGGUUGUCAUUGCUGUUGAAUCUGUUAUGUCUAAGCUUUUUUUUUUUUUUUUUUUUUUGCUUGAUUCAAGAGUUUAAUUGUGUUCACUAUUUACAGUAAGUGAGUUUACUUGUCUCAACAUUGAACAUACAUGUGGAGGUGGUCAAUGAAAUGUAUUUCAUGUGAUCUUGAGUUUUGUAAUGCUUAAAAAGAUGUGGGGUGGAAGGUUGAAUGCUACUUUUAUGCUUUUUUUGUUCUGAUCGAAUUGUUUAAAGGAAGGAAAAGAGGGUCAAGAUGAUAAAAAAUUACAUUUUUAGUUUGUGGAUUUGUGAAAACAUGUUUUUCCAAAACCUUGUGCCUUUGCUAGUUCUGUUUCAGCAGAAAGAAUCCUAAACACAUCACGUAUAGCAAGAUUUCCUGGUUCAUUCUCAAAAUAAUAUGACAUAAUGUGUUUUCAUUCCAGCGAAUGGCUUUUUUCAAUUAUAGACAUAUUCAGGUCAGUUGAUAAAACUCAAAAAUUAAACUUGUUCAUUAUGUCAAUUCUGUCACCUUGUUAAUAGUACUUAAACAUUAAAGUCCUCUUAUCUUAAAAAUAAGGGGGGGAUUCGUUUAUCAAUUGUACACUGGUUUAUCAAUUAAAUAUUGUGUACAAAUAAAAGACUUUCAGUAAGAUUUUA